GAGAAGACAAGGGCCAGUGCUUGUCGGCAAAAGUCGCCUUUGCCAUGAUGCCACCAAACCAUACGAUUUACCCAGAGCAGCAACAAUAGCCUGAAUACAAAGUUUAGCAUGAAGUCCUUCCCCACGUUCGUGGCCCGACAAUGCGGGGAGAUCCUGCAAACAGGUCAUGACGUGGGUAUAUAUGAUGAAGAAGAGGGCUGGUACUCCAUAGUUCUUUGCAAUGGCAUAGCUGGAAAGAAUCGGCCAUAAUGAGAGGUUCGAAUCUCUUUCAAUUGACCCUGGCUCUUUUACUGUCCUUGGUCGCAGCCGAGGAUGGGUACGAUGGUUGGCUCCGAUAUGCUCCCGUGUCCUGCGAUCUGCAUUGUCGACAGGCUUUGCCGUCUCAUAUUGUGCUGUUGAACAGCACCAAAGGAAGCCCGAUCGAGACUGCAGGACAAGAAUUGAAAGCAGGAUUCCAAUCGAUUCUUUCGACGAACUUGACAUCUCAUCCAUUUCAAUGCAAUAGCUCCGCAUCAAUUCUGGUGGCUACCCUGGAUGAGUACCGUCAAAAAUGCCGGGACAUCAACGUGCCCGAGCUUGAUCCCGAUGGCUUCUGGUUACAAUCCGAAGGGGACACAGUUCGCAUCUUAGGCAACAAUGCCAGAGGAGCCUUGUACGGAGCAUACGAAUACCUCGCUAUGGUGGCACAACGAAACUUCUCUCGUGUCGCGUACACCACCAACCCACAUGCGCCGAUCCGUUGGGUAAAUCAAUGGGACAACAUGGACGGAAGCAUUGAACGAGGCUACGGUGGCGCGUCGAUAUUCUUCAAAGAUGGCACGGUGGUGGAAGACAUGGCUCCUGUUGAGCAAUAUGCUAGACUGCUCGCAUCUAUCCGGAUAAACGCAAUUGUCGUUAAUAAUGUCAAUGCGAACGCAACACUACUGCUACCCGAGAAUAUGAAAGGCCUGGGUCGCAUAGCAGAUGCCUGUCGACCAUACGGCGUUCAAAUUGGCAUAUCGCUGAACUUUGCUUCACCCGAAGACUUGGGAGGCCUAGAAACUUAUGAUCCGCUCGAUCCUGGUGUCAUUGCAUGGUGGCAGAAUAUCACCGAUAGCCUCUAUACCUAUGUACCAGACAUGGCUGGGUACCUCGUCAAAGCAGACUCAGAGGGCCAGCCAGGUCCGGAUACAUAUAAUCGCACACUCUCACAAGGGGCAAAUCUUUUCGCCCGUGCCCUGCAACCACAUGGGGGUGUGCUUAUGUACCGCGCCUUUGUCUACAACGACAACUUGAACGAGUCGGACUGGAAGGCUGAUCGUGCGAAGGCAGCAGUGGAAUACUUCAAGGACCUGGACGGUCAGUUCGACGAGAACGUCGUGGUACAAAUAAAGUACGGCCCAAUCGACUUUCAAGUACGCGAGCCUACCUCACCCCUUUUCGGCAACCUCUACGAAACCAACACAGCCAUAGAGUUGGAGGUUAGUCAGGAGUACCUGGGGCAGCAAUGUCAUUUGGUGUAUCUACCUCCACUCUGGAAGACGGUCCUGGAUUUCGACUUACGCGUAGAUCACAAGCCUUCGAUGGUCCGCGAUAUCAUAUCCGGACAGCGCUUCAACAGAACGCUCGGGGGCUGGGCAGCCGUCGUUAAUGUGGGCACUAACAGAACAUGGCUUGGUAGCCACCUUGCUAUGUCCAAUCUGUACGCUUAUGGUCGUUUAGCCUGGAGUCCGACAGACGAUUCUGAACAGAUCCUCAAAGACUGGACCCGCCUCACAUUUGGACAAGAUCACCAUGUCAUCGACACCAUUGCUGAUAUGUCCAUGACCUCCUGGCCUGCCUAUGAAAACUAUACAGGCAACCUGGGCAUACAGACCCUGACAGAUAUCUUGUAUACUCACUAUGGACCAAACCCAGCUACACAGGAUAACAAUGGCUGGGGUCAAUGGACACGUGCUGAUCACAAUUCAGUUGGAAUGGACCGAACAAUAUCGAAUGGCACCGGGUAUACCGGCCAAUAUCCGGAGGAGGUUGCUCGCUUAUACGAGUCACUAGAAACCACGCCAGAUGAUCUCGUCUUGUGGUUUCACCAUGUACCAUGGACUCAUCGUUUGCAUUCCGGGUUGACAGUUAUUCAGCAUUUCUACAACGCUCACUAUGCUGGCUCAGAAGCUGCACACGGCUUUAUAAGACAAUGGGAGUCUUUAAAAGGGCUAAUUGAUCGGGAGCGAUACGAGGCCAUGCGAUCACGCCUGGUUUACCAGGCGGGACACUCCAUUGUCUGGCGUGAUGCUAUCAACAACUUCUACUACAACAUGACCGGUAUUCCAGAUGUGGUUGGCCGUGUCGGUCAUCAUCCGUGGCGCAUUGAAGCUGAGAGUAUGAGAUUGGAAGGAUACCAGACUUACACCGUCAGUCCGUUCGAGGCCGCUUCUAACACUACCGCAAUUAUCACCACAUCUAAUUCAACGAUUGGGACGGCGAGAACUACCAUCAAAGCCCCAUCGGGAGUGUACGACAUAGGGGUGAACUACUACGAUCUCUAUGGCGGUCAAUCCAAGUGGACAUUAUCUGUGGGUGACAAGAUAGUGGGUCAAUGGCUUGGGGAUAUGGAGCAUCAAUCCCUAGGCCAUACACCUUCGAUAUACUUGGACGGUCAUUCGGCCACCCGGAUAACGUUUCAUGGGGUCGUCGUCCGGCAGGGUGAUCAGCUGAAAAUUGUUGGUGAGGCGAAUGGGGUCGAGCCUGCUCCAGUGGAUUAUGUAGUGCUGCUACCGCCAGGGGUGGUUGACUGAUAUCUACAAAGUCCUAUGCGCUAUGUAAUUGCCGAAUGUAUAUGCAG